CGAGCUUGGAAUGCGCGUCAAUGUAACGCGCUCAUACACGCGAGGAUUGUCCUCGUGGCGGCAGGCUAUUCGGGAGAAGAACUCUUCCGUCAAUGCCUUUGUUAGCAUCUCACCACCUCCCGUGCCUCUCGCACGCGAUAACUUGCCCUUGAAUGGGCUUGCUGUCGGGAUAAAGGACAUGAUCUGCACUGCAGACAUGCCAACGACCAGCUCCUCAGCAAUGUUGGCCGAUUUCACCUCGCCCUUUGACGCGACGGUGGUUGGAUUAUUACGGAAAGCGGGCGCGGAUAUCGUUGGCAAGCUCAACUGCGAUGAGUUUGGCAUGGGGUCGCUGAACACUCACUCGGUCCACGGCCCGGUCGUCAAUCCUUUCCAGCCCUCUACUUCAUCCGUUCCUUGGACCGAACGAAUGAAACACUCCGCCGGAGGCAGUUCUGGAGGAAGUGCAGCCGCAGUAGCUUCAGGGAUGUGUACGGUUGCCCUGGCGACGGACACUGGCGGUUCAACACGUUUGCCCGCAUCCUAUUGUGGAGUUGUUGGAUUAAAGCCCUCAUACGGGCUUCUGAGCAGAUGGGGAGUGAUUUCCUUUGCGGAUAGCUUGGAUUGUGUUGGGGUCAUCGCGAAUAAUACGGCAACCACAAAACGCUUCUUCGACGUUCUUAAUGUGCAUGAUUACCGAGAUCCGACAUCGGCACCACCCGAAAUUCGACUGCAAGCUUCAGAAGCCGCCACUCGGUUAUGGCCUGAUUCGUCCUUGCGCUCCUUGCGCAUAGGUAUUCCCCAGGAAUACUUUCCUGCUGAACUUUCUGCACAAGUUGCGUCACCUGUCCGACAAGCGGUGCAUGCUCUCAAAGCUUCUGGGGCUACUGUUGUGCCCGUCUCCCUGCCGUCGACUGCAUAUGCACUGAGCGCAUACUAUGUGCUAUCUAGUGCCGAGGCUAGCAGCAACAUGGCACGAUAUGACGGAGUCCAGUAUGGCCUCCAGGUGGCAGGUGACUCUACAGGAAAUGCUGCCAGUAUAUACGCUCAAACGCGUUCGGUGGGGUUUGGGGCCGAGGUGCAGAAACGAAUACUGCUGGGGACCUAUGCCUUGUCCGCCGACGCAUUCGACAAUUACUUCCUGCAAGCACAGCGAGUUCGCCAGCUCGUGAGGGAGGACUUCAAUCGCGCAUUCCGCGUCCCAAAUAUGCUAUUCCCAUCGCAAAUCUCUCAAGAAGUUGGCGUCGAUGUGCUACUCCAUCCUUCCGCAAUUCAAACUGCACCCGGGCUCUCGAACGUGGACACUGACAACGUCUCUAAUUACGUGCAAGAUGUUUUGACCGUCCCUGCCUCUCUGGCUGGGUUGCCGGCCCUGAACGUGCCGCUUCCCAUCACUGGCUCGCAAUGGCCCGUAGGUAUCAGCGUAGUCGGUCAAUGGGGAUGCGACGAUCUCGUCCUUCAAGUCGGUCGAUUCAUAGAAAACAUCAAUAAAUAAAUGUCACGGACGCGUUGUGUCACUGUGACGCUCUCCCUCACCCCGUACAAACUCUCUGUUCCUCUUCGCCAUGAAGCGCCCAUCUAAUCUGCAGAUCGCCCUCGCGAUGAACAACCUCAACUCCAACUCCUCUACGCGGCCGUGCACUCAGUGCCGUCGCCCAGUCCCCCAAACCCAGACCCUGCUCACCUGCGAGCAAUGCCGCGAAAAGACGAAGCGGAAGAAGGCGCGCAGGAAGGAGCGUGCUGCCGCUGUUGAGGCCGGACGCGACUCUCGCGAAGGAGGCCUCGCCCUUUUCGACAGCAAGCCGCUUGAGGCGGUCAUCAAGCGUCAAGAGGAAGAAACUGCUGCUGUGCGUCGAGCGGACGCAGCGGCGAAGCAGACCGUGAAGAAGGGCGCACAGGACGCGCCAUCUGCAAGAACUUCCUCAUCGAAGGCAGAUCUCUCCAGCGCCGGGAAAAUGCGCCUCUUCCAGGCCGUCUUGGAAGAGCACCAGGGCCCCGCGUCGCGGAGGUCGACCCCUGCAAUCAAAAAAACAGCCACAGGCACCCGCAAGAAAAAGAUGGCGGGUGGCCUUUUCGACGGCUACGAGGGCCGUGAAUUCGGCGACCGCGAAUACGGCGAGGGCGGGGGCCCGUUCAACGACGCGGCUAUGCGGAUGUUAUUCGAUAUGAUGAUCUGCAACGCCUUCGGCGGCCCGGCCUCUAGCUCGUCCCAAAUCGCGCCUGCAGCCAUGGGCUCGAAGCCUAGCAAGAAGCGCAAACUGGAGGAGGUGGAAGUAAUCGACUACGAGGAAAUGCGUAAGAAGCGAUUGCGGGGUGAUUUUCCUAUGCCCCCGUUGGAGCCUAUAAAUGCUCAGUCCGGUUCGCCGCCAUCGUUAGUAACCUCAACAUCGCCUGAAGAGGAAGCCAAGGAACCUUCGACACCGGCCAAAAGCACGAGACAGGGGGCUGGAAAGCAAACCACUUUGGCUGGGUGGCUGAAGAAGCCCACGAAAUAAACGACUUGAGCAUAUACAACAUAGCCCUAGUAUCUCAGAACAAGA